CACUCUUUUAUUAAUCUCCCCCAACACUCACUCUCGCUCUCGCUUUCGCUUUCUCUCCUCGCUUUCUAAAGAAUUCAUUUUUAUCGCUGUUGUUCCUCGACUCCGCGGCGUAGAUCCGAGGAGUUUGGGAAACCCUAAUUCCUUCGCAAAACAAAUCUCUCUUCAACUUUCGCUUUUCACAGAUCAACAGUCAUGGCAGGCUUGGCACCAGAGGGGUCGCAAUUUGAUGCUCGUCAGUUCGAUACCAAAAUGAAUGAGUUACUAUCAGCUGAUGGACAGGAUUUCUUUACAUCCUAUGAUGAGGUCUACGAAAGUUUUGAUGCUAUGGGACUGCAAGAGAAUCUUCUAAGGGGCAUUUAUGCUUAUGGUUUUGAAAAACCCUCAGCUAUUCAGCAAAGGGGAAUCGUUCCCUUCUGCAAGGGUCUAGAUGUUAUUCAACAGGCUCAAUCUGGAACUGGGAAGACUGCAACUUUCUGCUCUGGUAUUCUGCAACAACUCGAUUAUAGCAUGAUGGAGUGCCAGGCUUUGGUUCUGGCUCCAACUAGAGAACUUGCCCAACAGAUUGAGAAGGUUAUGCGGGCACUUGGAGAUUAUCUUGGUGUGAGGGUACAUGCUUGUGUUGGUGGAACAAGCGUUCGUGAAGACCAGCGCAUUCUGUCCAGUGGGGUUCAUGUUGUCGUUGGAACUCCUGGACGUGUAUUUGAUAUGCUGCGAAGACAGUCACUUCGUCCUGAUUACAUAAAGAUGUUUGUAUUGGAUGAGGCAGAUGAAAUGCUUUCCCGAGGAUUCAAGGAUCAGAUCUAUGAUAUUUUCCAGCUUCUGCCAUCAAAGAUUCAGGUUGGGGUAUUCUCUGCCACAAUGCCACCUGAGGCCCUUGAGAUUACAAGGAAGUUCAUGAACAAACCUGUAAGAAUUCUUGUGAAGCGUGAUGAGCUUACCCUGGAGGGUAUAAAGCAGUUUUAUGUCAAUGUUGAUAAAGAGGAAUGGAAACUUGAGACCCUCUGCGACCUUUAUGAAACUCUGGCCAUCACCCAGAGUGUCAUUUUUGUGAACACCAGGCGCAAGGUUGAUUGGCUAACUGACAAGAUGCGGAGCCGUGACCACACGGUGUCUGCCACCCACGGAGAUAUGGACCAGAACACGAGAGACAUUAUCAUGCGUGAAUUUCGUUCUGGAUCAUCUCGUGUUCUUAUAACCACUGAUCUUUUGGCACGUGGUAUUGAUGUCCAGCAAGUCUCCCUUGUAAUAAAUUAUGAUCUCCCUACACAGCCAGAGAACUAUCUCCAUCGUAUCGGACGUAGUGGACGGUUUGGGAGGAAGGGUGUUGCCAUCAACUUCGUAACGAAGGAUGACGAAAGGAUGCUGUUUGACAUCCAGAAGUUUUAUAAUGUCGUAGUUGAGGAGCUGCCAUCAAAUGUCGCCGAUCUUCUCUAAUGAGAUUUUGCCUAUUUAGUAGAGAAUCAGAUUCUCUCUUUGGUUACCGUUGUUGAUGUGUUUCUUUUAUUUCCUUUUCCUUUUCUUUCCUUUCCAGUGUCAUGUCUUAUAGGGUAUGGAGUCUUUAUUUCAGAGUUUUUGAGUUUUGUGACUGUUCUCUAAGUGGUACCUGCAUAUGGUAGAAUCCAUCAUUGCUUGAUUUGGCAUUGAUGGCUGUAUGUGUUUUUUAUUAUAAAGCAAGUUCAAUUUUGUCAUUAAA